AUGCAACUGGGUCACAACGUCGAAGGGGAGGAAAUUCUCCCAGCAGAGGCGGCAGAGGUGGAAAAAAGAGGUGGCAAAGGUGGUCGUACUCCAGUUAGGCCAAACCCACAAAGAGGCCUUCACUUGGUUGAUGAAGAAACAGAUGAUGAAGAAGGAGAUCCUACCUUUGCAGAACCAGAAGCCCAAGUUCUCUCCUCAAGCUCCUCUGAAUCAUCCUCAAAUGAUUCGAUUCCACCAGCAUCAACUCAGGGGGAGACAUCUCAGUCUAACAUGGCAGCAGCACCUUCACAACAUCCUGUUUCUGAAGAUGUUGCUGCACAUGUUCCAGAAGAUGUUGUUGCACCCACUGUCUCAGCCAAUGUUUCUCAGAGUGCUGCUGAGGAUGCUGCUCCCUACCAGGAUGAAGAAAUGCCUGAUUUUUCAGGGAUGUCCUCUGCCGAGCAUGUUGACAUUCCCUCUGUUGAUGCUCAGGAUUUCACUACCACUGAAGAAACACCUUCAGCACCACAUGCAGACCCUCUGGAAGCUCUUGCAGAAGCAGCUGUUCAAGUAGAUGCAUCACCUCCUCAGGCUGAUGAACCAGAGAAAAAGUCAGACAGUGACUCGUCUGAGGAUUCCUCUCAGAUGCAGGAAGAUGCUGCCCCACGUGUUGCAUCACCUGAGCCAGCAUACAUCUCGGAUGAACUUGAAGACUCUGAAGAAGAGGAAUCUUCUGAGGAAUAG